CCAAGCCGCAGAAUGGCACCGUCGUCCAAACAAAUAACAUUAUCUCCCCUCGCAUACGUAUAAACAAAGCACCACAUACAGGUUAUCCGCUCAACUUCCAGAGCGACGAAGAUAAGGCUGGCCAUUCGGUCAGUCUGGAAAAUUUCUUGUCUCAAGCAUGGCGUCGGCUGUGGUUGUAGGUGCCUCUUCUUCUUUGCCAGUCAUCAAAACUGCACUGAAUCCAUCUCCAAAACCAUCUGUCUCUCCUAAUUUACAGAAAACUGCAUUUCACGGAUUACCCCUCAGAGAAGCCAAAAGGGGUUUUACGUGUGAGAAAAAGAUAAACUCGAAUCACAUCAGAAAAGGUCUUGAGAUCAAUGCACGAACCGCAGGAGCUUCGAAGAACAUCGAAGUGGAGGUUGACAAGCCACUAGGUUUGACAUUAGGUCAGAAGCCAGGCGGCGGCGUAGUCAUCACUGCUGUAGAUGGAGGUGGGAAUGCGGCUAAAGCAGGAUUGAAGGUGGGGGAUCAAGUGCUUUACACCAGUAGCUUCUUUGGGGACGAACUUUGGCCGGCUGAUAAGCUCGGAUUUACAAAAACUGCCAUCCAAGCAAAACCAGACUCUGUCUACUUCGUUGUUUCCAGAGGUGCAGAUGUAGAUGUCAAACGGUUGCCCAAGCGUCCAGCUCCUCCUCGCUUUGGCCGGAAAUUGACCGAGGCUCAGAAGGCGAGAGCUACUCACAUAUGCUUAGAUUGUGGAUACAUAUAUACCUUACAGAAACCAUUUGACGAACAGCCUGAUGGAUAUGUAUGCCCACAGUGUAGAGCCCCGAAAAAGAGAUUCGCAAAAUAUGAUGUAAAUACUGGAAAAGCAAUUGGUGGGGGUCUGCCUCCAUUAGGUGUUAUUGUUGGGCUGCUUAUUGGUGUUGGUGCUGUUGGAGCAUUGCUCGUUUAUGGUCUUCAAUGACAAUUCCAUUCUUUCCUUUUCUUUUUCUCUCUGUAUUUAUUAGAUAUUUAAUUAGAUUUGUAAAAAAAAAAAAAAAGGGAAAAAGUUAAUAAGCACAUUGA